AUGAGUGAUCACAAGCAGUUGUUUCUUUUUGGCAGAGCGUUUCCAUCAAAAGUAGACGAUAAUGCUUUUAUUGAACGGUAAGGGUAUUGUUUUAGUUUUUAUUUGUUUUAGGUUAAUUGAUUCUGCAAAUUCACGUAACAAGUAUGGGGCAGCCCCAACAUCAGCUAUUGCUUCGAUACCUGCUAACGAAAUUGUCGAAAUGAUUGUUGGGCCAAGCAGUAUUGGAUUUUUGUUCAAGGUAGGAAUCACGAGGAAUAUUUCUGUUAUACUGGGUUAUGUUCUGAAACUUAAUAUAUUUCAAUGUAUACGUUAAUAUUAAAAUAGGUUUACAAGGUAUUUUUCAGAACCACAGAAUCGCUCGAUUGGAUUUUGACAUCACGUCAAACCCUGUGUCCAAUGAGUCAGCAGAAUCUACGUCGUUUAACAAUCAAGGUGCGACCGAUCCAGGAAGUUCAGUCAGUGCUGCUUCAGCUGCCACAGGUAGCUCUUCUACAGCAAUAUCUGGCUCUGGUAGUAGUGGAAUUGGUUUUGGAAGCUCGGCUUCAGCCAGUCGAAAUGCUAAACUUCGUCGAAUGAUGAUUGCCGCCCGCAGACCGGGAGCCAUCUUAAACAGAACUGGCGUGAUUGUUGAUAGGUCUAGAGCAAUGUUACCUGCUUCUUCUAUUCCAGAAGAACUUAUUGCACAAGCUCAAGUCGUUUUACAAGGAAAGAGUCGCGAAUUGAUUGUCAGGGAGCUACAGAGGACGAAUUUGAAUGUAAAUGAAGCCGUUAAUAACUUGUUGAGUCGUGAUGACGAUGAAGGUAACUAUUUUAAAAAACUUUUUAAAUUAAAUGGGGUUUUUAUUUGAAGUGUUACAUUUAAAUGUUGCAGAUGAAAUGGACGAUCAGAAUGAUUCAUAUUUACACGAAGAGCUUCUGUCUUUGCUCGAUGCUGGAUUACGCGGAGAUGGAGCUGCUGCAGUGAUAGAUGGAGAAGGUUUAUACAGUGGAGCUGAAUACGAGUAUAUGCUAAGGGAUUCGCGGAGAAGAGACGAAGCAAAGGCUAAAGAACGGAAAGGAGAAGCUCAACAAGGCUCGGAAUUGACUCAGCAGAAUUUCAAGUUUGCUGAUGAGUUGUAUUACUGGCACGAUGUUAACGGGGACGACUUUCCAGCUGGCGUCACGAAGUUCUUGCAGAUCGGCUCUUCUUACACGGGUUUAUUUGCUCUUGGUGACAAUGGAAAGCUGUAUCAGUGGCGAUGGAAAGAUCGACUACCGGUUAACGAACCACACGAGAUUAAUUUCAAGAUUUUGAACAGUAAGUAUAGUAUCCUUGAUUAUUAUGGUUUUAGGUAAUGAACGAAUUGUUAACUUUGCUGCAUCUUCUUGGAGAAUUGCAUACCUCACCAACAACAGACGUGUCGGUACUUUUAUGGAUGAUUAUUGUGGACCUCAUGUUUCUGAUGGCUUUAACACAGCUCCAAUCGAAUUGCCGGAAAAAGUUGUUGUGGAGAAGCUGAUGGUUUGCUCAUUAUACGCUGCUAUUCAGACUGCAAACAAGUUGUACUGGUGGGGAAUCCAUCCGUUUACCGACCGGGUCUUGAUGUUUGAAAAUGCAAAAAGAAAAACCCGAGAAGAGCCGUUGACGAAACCGAAGGAAAUUACAGUAGGAUCAGAAGUGAGGACUAGGGCGAUUCCGAUUUACGCAGCUAGUUCAGUGGGAGUGAGCUUUGUCAAUGGUGUUAUCAUGGUAAGAUUUGUUUAAAAAAGGCAUUGCUUGAUAAGUUAGUUGAUAAAAAAAUUUAAAUGACGUUUAUGUGAAUUUAGGUAGGUGUGUUGAUGGAAGCAGCGUGGACGAUGAAUGAAACGUGCAGGUUUCGAGUAAUGACUCCAGAUCAAUACGAAAUCUAUGUUAAGAACGUUCCAGAAUCAGAAAAUACGAACGUGAACCGUAAGUUUUUUACCAUAUUAGUUUUUGGUUUAAAGGGUCGUAUUGUAAUGCUUUUAUUGGGGCCUUUUUAUUUCGGGAAUACGUAGUAUGGCCCUUUUAGUAACUGUUCGCAAAAGAGCCGCUCCUUCAGAUGACAAUCUGAGUGAAACCGGGGGCGGUGCUCAGGUGACAGCACAGUACAGAGAGACCGCGUGGAAUCUGAAGGAUGUUACUUUCAUCUAUGAGGAGCCAGUUUGUGACACUGCUAUUGUCAAAAUUGUAAGUUUUUCAAAUGUUUUUAAGUUAACUUGGUGUUUGAAUUAUUUCGUAUACAAUGUUUUGGAUUUUUAAAACGUAAUGACAUUUCAAGGUGGAUGGAAGUUACGCUGGAAUAGUUUACAAGUCAGCUAUUGAGCAAUCGGAAAAGGAAAAUAACGGAGUUGCGAACGAAGUAGAACUUUUGAGAUCGCACCUUCGUUUGAUGAGAAAAGACGAACUUGUUUUGGUGCCAUCUUUGCGUCUGUCUAGGUCUCCACAGACUUUUCAGAAGAAGUUGGUCGAAGUAAAGUUGCCAAAGAAUGUUAGGAAGGUCAUUUCGUCUGCAGUUGACAACAAUUGUAAGUUGUACAUUUUAAAUUUAUUGUUCGAAAUUUAGGUUUCCGUUUACUAGUUGAAAAGACUGAUGGAGAAGCUGCUUUGGUACAGACAAAUGGGUAUGCCACUGAUAUUUGCUCACAAUACAUGCCUAUCGACAUUAAUGUUUUGAAUCAGGCGCGCGACAAAACGGCCAAAGCUUGGCUAGACAACCACGGAGACGUAAGUGGUUUUUUAGGUAUUAAAUUUAUGUAAAACUAAAAUUAUAAAGAUAUUGUAUUAUGAGUUUUUUAUUUUCAGGAGAACGCAUUGGUAUUGUGUGAUGCAAAUGGAAGUUUGUUGCCUGUUAUUCCAGACUCGACGAAUGGCAUUAAAGAUCCAGUUUACUUGGCGUUUGGUGCAGCUAAACACGUGGGAGUCGGAAUUAGAUAUCUAAAUAACGGUGAAGUCACAAACACUAUAAUCACGUCUCAUCAGCUGUGUAAUGAAGCAUUGGCCAAGAACAACGAUGCGCCAAAGACCGUUCAGAAAAUGGCACUUUACGCUCUUCUCAUUUCCCCAGAAACUAGAACUACCGAACCAAAGAUCGAUUCACUCAUUCAGAAUAUUCAAUACUGUAGCUUGAACUCUGUAAAGCGAAUUCUGAAGGAGUUGGAAGAAGCCAGUGAAGACGAAAGGAAGUACCAACUUCUGAACGCUCACACUAACGGUAACAGAAAUAUAUUCCACACGGCCAUCAUGAACGCGUUCUCGACUAACAACAAGGAUCAGGCAGAUGACUUCAAACAGAUCAGAUUCGAAAACGGACACAUUGUUCUCAUCGAAAACGCUCCAAGUUCGAAGAAAUCGGCCGAAAAGUUGGAUACUACUGAAGCCGAAGCUCAUGGACAAAAGUUUGAUCAGAGAUGGAAAGACAUGAUUGGGGCAGCUUCUGAUUCUGCGAAGGGUGUUUUAAAGUCCAAGAGCAGUGAACAAGCUAUGGAGAUAUCAGAAAGGAGUGCUGAUCGACCAGUCAGUGCAAGACAACGACAAAAGAAUGCCAUUAUGAUCUUGGGAGAGUUGGUUUCGUCUCCAAUAAUGGCAUCUUACUUUGAUGAACUCAUGAAACAGAAGGACAUCCAUGGUCACACUCCGUUCUACUCAGCUGUCCAUUUGAGAGCUUAUUCUGCUGCUGUUAUCUUGUGGCACAAGGUCAGAGACCUGAAGUUGCAUGAAACUGACUCUCUGACUAAAAUUUGCAUGAAUAACACGGGAGUAGAUUCUCCACUGUUCAUUCUUUGCUACAAUGACACUUGUUCGUUUACAUGGACGGGAGAAGAACACAUCAACCAGGACAUUUUUGAGUGUAAGACAUGCGAUUUGGUGGGAUCACUUUGUUGCUGUACAGAAUGUGCCUACACAUGCCACAGGGAUCACGACUGCAAGUAAGUAGAAACUGUUUUAUAGUUGUCUCAUUGAAAUUUACUGUCAUUAUAAACUUUAUGUAAUAUUUCAAUAUAUUUUAGGUUGAAGCGUACGUCGCCUACAGCUUACUGUGAUUGUUGGGAAAAGUGUGGAUGCAAGGCUUUGGUGUCAGGAAACGUCGAUCAAAGAGAGGAGUUGUUGAAGUUGCUUUUGAAGGAGACAAAUCUCAUUAACUUGUUGAGUUCCAAAGGAGAACAUCUGACCUUGUUCUUGGCUCGAGCUCUCGGUCGACAAACAGUGGAACAGGAAAACUUUCCAAGACGUGCAAAACUUCGUGCAGCUACUCAAAACACUAACGAAAAUAUACCGGAACAUGAUCUAGAUCCACCCAAGUUCAGUGGAGUUGCUUUGAAUCUUCUGCUGACAAAGUGGGAGUCGGUAAAAAGUGUUUUGCAAGUCGGAAUCAAGUACAGAACUGGAGAAACACCAAUAAGCGAGGACCUGUUCCAACUGAACGAACAAGAUGGUGUUAAUCACUUGGACAGAUUUGUCUUCACAUUGAUUGCCAGAUGUCCUGAAAGUGUAAGUUGAUUGUUGUCAUGUUGUGAUAUGUGUUACUUGUUUCAUAUUUUUUAUGUUUAUUUAUUUUAGCAUUUGGACACGCUGCUGAACACGUUGAUUUCUCAAGCCAACAAAAAAAGUGGAAGAGAUCCAGAAGUGAACAGAAUCAUUGCCAGAUUCACUCGUUCUGUGGUACGAUUGUUUGUCUUCUUGUGCAUUUCAUCUCCGAUGGCUACUGGUUCAAGUUUGAAUGUGAUUGCAGCUACAUUGGGGUCCAUGGUGGAGUUGAGGAAGAGAGGGUCUUCUGACCCGAAACUCAAUAUUGCUACAUCUUUACCAUCUUCAACAUCAGCUGUUUCCAAGAGUUUGAUGCCCAAUUACCGUGCCAUUACAGUAUCUGGAGUGUUAUCGUUGGUUCGAACUUCUCUUCCAUUUUCGUCAAAUGGAGGAGCAAAAGAGUCUAAGAAGAAGGCGAUCAACGGAUUUGUUUUGAAAUGUCAUCGUGUGUUCCAGGUAGGGUUAGAUUGUUUGAUUUAAAUAUUGUUUUAGGUUUUACUUUCUCAUUCUAUCACCGAGUUGGUCAAUGUUGCCGAUGCUUUGAUCGCGCCAGUACGAUUGGGAGUAGCCAGACAAACCAUACCUAUUCACAAGAGUGUUGGUCCAAAUGAUGUAUUAGACAUGAUCGAGCGUUACCUUAACAGCGAAACUGACCUUACAAGUCUGCUCACUGGUGUCACCUCAAGUCCGAAACGGAAAAGAAUCCGUCGUAUAUCAAUGCAUCGGGAUGCCCGAGGGAGUGACAAUUCUGACUCCGAUGACUCGGACAGCGACGACAACCCCGGACCGAACAACAACUAUUCUGCUGCUGCUGUGGAAACUGCCAGAAGAACAGUUGACAACGUGAUGAGAGAAACAGUUGGCGCACAAGCUUUGGAUUACUCUUUCAAUGUUCAUGACGGUUACAGCUCUUCAAACAACAGUGACGACGAUGAUGAAAACGAAGACGAAGAUGACUUUGAUGGAGAAGAUGAAGAAGUUGCUGAGAUUUCUAAUGCUAGACGAGAAGUCGAUGAAAUGAACGAUGACGAACAACGACCAGAAGAUGAUCCAUCUAUGGAUGAAGAGGAAGGAGAAGAUGAAGAGGAGGAGGAAGAAAGAUUUGUAGAAGGAGAAGAUGCCGAAUUCUACCGAAUGGAAGACGAAAUUGUGGACGAGAGUGGUGAAGAAUAUUCGGACGAGGACCAUUAUGACUACAGCAGUGAAGGAGAACACUCCAUCUUCCAAGAACCGUACGACGAAGUUGUUGACAUUGAUGGGUCUAGCGCUGGAGAAGUGAAUCAAGCUAACGCUGCCAUCCGGAGAGAACGACGGAAAGCAGCACGACGAGCAGCUCGAAGAGGAAGAAACGAGACAGCUAACAGUGAAGGGAACGCUGCUGGAGCUCAACGAGCAGCGGAGUCGAUGGAUAUCAUUGCUGAGGGGAGUCAUGACGAGGAAGUCAAUGUUGAACCGGUUGUUGAAGUAAGAAUAUUUAAUGCCAAAGUGCGACUUCCAUUUUUUGAAAAAUUUUAUUUUUUUAAUUUUAGAGCCAAUCAAGUAAUGCCGUGUCUAAUGCUCAGCCUGAUUCUCAGUCUACCGCGACGGAACCUUCUGACAACGGUGCUUUAGUAUCGUUCAGGCCUAUCUACAACGCGGAUUCUUCUUCUAGAAGACUUACAGGACGACAAUUGUUCACAACACAAUGUAGGUAUUUGAAAAUUAAUAGAAUUUCGAUCAAAUAUCUUUUUUAUUACUUAAAAACUUAUUUUAGCUCCAUCUGUUGGUUGGGCCGUCAGAAGAGUUCGGCAGCAGAAUGUUGACAGCAGUGCCACCCCAUCGACUACAGUACCUGAUACAUCAAGUGCAGCCACUCACGACCGUACAGCAACGAACACAGACAACAACAACGCUACCGAGUCAUCUACUUUGGCUACUCCAAGAGCAGCUCCCAAAAAGUCGCCUGCAGCGACAACUUCUGAUGUUGACAUCUAUCAAACUAAACUCCAACUGUCUGCUUGCUUUGCAUUGGUGGUAAAAGUAAUUGACGAGCUGAUGCUGAGGUUGCUGGAGUACAAACAAUAUCAGAAACAGUCGUUUAGUGGAAUCAAUGGUUUUCUAGAUUUGAAUUCGGACGUUUUGUUCUCACAGUUAAAGGUUGGUUGACACUUAACAUAGCUGAAUUAAAAUAAUUAUGAAAAAUUAUUUUUUCUUAUUUUCAGGAUUUGGUGAAUGAUCGUUUGGAAUUGACUUGGACUUGGUUCCAAAAGAUAAUGGACAGAAUUGAAGCCAUGCUCAGGUUUGGCAACGCUUUAUUGAAGAGCCCGGCAUACGCCGAUAUCUCCUUCGACUCAUCAUCCAGCAAAUCAAGCAAGAAGGAGAAGAAGAAAGAAGCCGUUUCUUCUCCCGUCUCUAACAAACGAGACUUCUACAACUACUUCAUGGCCUUGAUGAGAUCACAUUCUUCUGAAAACGGAGAUGAAAUGCCUGUCAUUGAAUCUACGCCGUUCCGCCACGUUUCGUUGAUUGCAGAAGGAUACCUUUAUCACGUUAACAUAUCCGAACUCUUUCACGACAACUUGUCGGAGAUCGAAGACGUAAGUUUUGAAUAUUGGAAUUAUAUUCUGGGUUUAGGAGCUACAGCCAAGCACAAUGGAACGUGCUCGGGGUCUACGCAAGUUCUACAAAAGAUCUGAAUCCAUUAGUUAUCCAUCAUUGACAACGGCCGAUCCUCACAAUGCCUUCAAGUAUCCUGUUGGAGAAUGUGUUCCUUUGGCUGUAAGGUCUUCACUUCUAAAGCCAGAAAGUGACAAAGCUGACAUGUUCUUGAUCCCUGUGCCUGAGAGGACUGUUGAUGAACAUUUGGUAAAUUUUUAAUUAUUUGUGGCCGUUAUAAUAAGUUUAUAGUGUUUUCAUGACAAAGUAUAUUUAAAAUCGCGUUUUUAGCGUAUUGCCCGUGAACACGGCUUAGAAAAUCCAACAUAUCAAAGUUUGGCAGCACCACCUCUUGUUCAUCCAAUAGACGAUGCAAAAGAAGAACCCAUGCAAGUAGACGAGGAAACGAAUGAGAAGGACCCUGAGAAGGAAUUGUACGAAGAGAUUCUAUCAUUGAAAAUGAAUCCAGCCAGAAUGCAGCUACAGAAGACCCUAGGAAGAUGGGGAAAUGCCAUGAUAUAUUUGGCUAAGGUUCGUUAAAUUUUGUUUACUUAUUAAUAUUGUUUUAGGCUUUUAAAGAGGACAUUGUUGAAUACAGUGGACAAGAUUCAUUUAAUUCUUUGCUUCUGAACGAAUUGGGAGGUUUUACGAUGAAGCACUCACAAUUCAAGGCCAGAAUUGACAAGUACCGAGCGUCGUUAUCAUCAUCGAAAGACUUGAGCUUUAUGGUAAGGAAAUAUUCUUUUUAACUGAAUAUUUGUAGAACAUGACUCGUGAAAAGCAUGCGCUGAUUUCUGAUGUCUUCACUCAUCUGAAUCAUCAGUACAAUCGUCGUCUUCCAUCCAACGGUCAAGAACCAACGAAGCCGGUUUUGGGUGUCGGCAGAGUUAAAGCGACAUUCAGAGAAGAACCUGGAGAAGGAUCUGGAGUUGUGAGAUCAUUCUACUCAGCCCUAGCCGAUGCUCUGGUUGAGAUGGACUACUUACCUAAAGAAGGAGAAGGGGUUAUGGAAAGCGGAACCUCUAGCAGCAACCUUGGCUCGACUCCGUCUAUCAAAACUUCUUAUACUGGAUUUUGUACUUUGAAGGCUCCAGGCCAAUUGGAGUACACAGCUAAGCGUAAAAACGGGGCUGGACUAGGUCAUUCAUCAGGUGGUCUUGCUGCUGCAGCUGGACUAAGUUCUUCAGACCGUGGUGUACGAACCCGAGCACAACAACGUGCUGCCUCACAAUUACCUCCUAUGGGUGGCUCUGCCGGAUCAAAAAGAAGUUAUUCAGAUUAGUGAGUUCAUUUUUUAUUAUUUACUUUUUUGUGUUCGUUAUGUUGUAACUUAUGCAUUAAUGUGGGCUUUGUUUUAGCCAAAAGUUCUUGUUCAACUUGGAUACCGCGCCAUACAAUCCUCGUGGUAUGAACGUCGAGUCACCAGCUCGUGUGUCAGAACCGCCACCAUCAAGUGGAAUCAACAUAGCCGAGGCUCCAAUUCACUCAUCGUCAGCUGGAAACUUGGGGAGCGGAUCAUCGCGAAGUCAACGACAGUCAGAAACCAACUCAAUGCUUCUCGGUGAAAGGUUCUACGAAAGGAUUCUGAGCAUUAAUGCUGACUAUUCAAAACGGAUUGCUGGGUUGAUUGUGAACGGCUUACCUUUGGUAGAACAACUGACACUUAUUGCUAACGAUGAAUUACUUACUCAUCUUGUCUUAACGCUGACCGAAUACUUUGCCAAAGCCGACGGAGUUGAUGGCAACGAGAAGAGUACCGCUGAUGCCCAGAGACUGGAAUCAUUGCCCUUGUUCAUGAAAAUUUCAUCAGAGCUGCUAACUCCAAUACCUGGCAACAACUCUCACACUCGUUUGAAUGCGUUCCGAAAUGUGGGAAGGUGAGUUAUAUUACUGUAGUUUUGUUCUUUCUUUUGAAUAUCAUUUCACUUAUUGAUUUCAGAAUGAUAGGCCUUUGUCUGUUACAACUCGAGAUCUUCCCCCUGAAGUUGUGUAGGCAUGUUAUGAAGUACAUAUUGGGCCGUCCAAUCACAUGGUACGAUCUCGCUUUCUUCGAUCCCGUUAUGUUUGAUUCGCUUCGUUCCAUUGCCUACAACGAAGCCGAAAACCGACCGCACGAUGACGCUUUCUACGAGAGUUUGGGACUGACGUUUGUUGUUGACCUGCCACCAGAAGAAGUAAGUCGUUCCCCAAUUUGAUAUUUUAUGUUUUUAGGGAGGUGGAGUAAUCGAGUUGUUGCCUAAUGGAGAGAGUCAAAGUGUGACCAAAGACAAUGUUUUGGAGUACAUCUAUUUGUUCGUGGAAAAGCGACUUUUGGGCGAGCAUAUUGCCUGUUUGGACUCGAUAAAACAAGGUGUGUUUGACGUUAUCCCUCCAACGGCGUUACAAGGGCUGACAGCAGAAGACGUUCGACUGAUCCUAUGCGGGUCUGAGCAAAUCUCUAUUAAACUGCUGGAAAGCUUCACCACCUUCAUGGAUGAAAGUUCUUCGAAACCAGAGUCUGUCAACAAAAUAAAACGCUGGUUCUACAGCGUGAUCUCAAAGUUCAGUGACGAAGAGAAACAAGUAUGUCUACAUUAUUUGUGGAUAUUUAGUAUAUUUAUUGUAUCGGUUAAUUAUUAUUCGAUUGUAAAUUUGAAAUUUUGUUUUCAGGACCUUUUGUUCUUCUGGACAGGCUCACCGUCACUUCCAUCGGCCGAGGAAGCCUUCACUCCACUCCCGACAGUCAUGAUUCGUCCUCACGACGAUCAUCAUCUGCCUACUGCAAAUACAUGUAUCUCUCGGUUGUAUUUACCAUUCUAUUCAUCUAAGAAAAUCCUGCGUGCUAAGUUAUUGGUAGCCAUCCAGACCCGCGACUUCGGCUUUGUUUAA